AUGUUUCGCUGUACCUCAACCAGUCUAGCCGCCAAGCGAGUCUUUAUCGUUGGUGGUCACAUCACACCCUUCGUUGGUAAGGGCUCCCCACUCUUUAUCGAUAAGAAACACCCAGAUUUUGGUAAGAAGGAAAACAAAACACUGGAGGAGUUUCUCUCCGACAGCAUUAACACGGCGCUUGAGAAGACUGGACUCCACACCGAUGGUCGUGCGGCCCUGGUGGAUAAACUGGUGGUGGGCAACUUCCUCGGUGAACUCUUCUCCUCUCAGGGACACCUCGGAGCGGCGGCGGUGGGAAGUCUGAAGGGAAAAAACGCACAGGCGUUUCUCAACAAACCGGCCAUGCGAGUGGAAGGGGCGUGUGCGAGUGGCGGUCUGGCGAUGCAAGUCGCAUGGGAGGCACUUUUGGCCGGCACUUCGCAAGUCGCUUUGGUCACUGGAGUGGAAGUGCAAACAACUGUUUCCGCACGUGUGGGUGGGGAUUACUUGGCACGUGCGGCAGAUUAUAAACGUCAACGCAGUCUGGAUGAUUUUACAUUUCCAUGUUUGUUUGCAAAACGUAUGAAGGCUAUUCAGGAGGCUGGACAUUUCACUAUGGAAGAUACCGCCCGGGUGGCUGCCAAGGCGUAUGCUAAUGGGAACAAGAAUCCUCUCGCCCACAUGCAUACAAGGAAGUUAACAUUGGAAUUCUGUACAAAUGCAUCGGAUAGAAAUCCAAAUUUUCUCGGUAAUGAAACAUAUAAACCUUAUCUCCGCAAUACGGACUGUUCACAGGUUAGUGAUGGUGGAGCCGCAGCGGUACUCGCCAAUGAGGAAGGUCUAAAGAAGUUGGGUAUCUCCGUUAACGAUCACCGAUUGGUAGAAAUUAAAUCACUCGCAGCUUCCGCCAACAGUCUCUAUGAAGAUCCUGCGGAUGCGACACGUAUGAUGACAUCACGUGCCGCUGCUCAACAGGCACUCGCAUUGGCUGGUGUGAAACCCUCCGAACUUAACGUGGCGGAGGUGCAUGAUUGUUUCACUAUUGCAGAACUCCUCAUGUACGAGGCUCUCGGUAUUGCAGACUACGGAAAGGCAAAGGAUAUGAUUCGCAACGGGGAUACCACAUUAGAGGGACGUAUUCCAGUGAACACCGGCGGUGGUCUUCUCGCCUUUGGACACCCAGUGGGUGCAACUGGUGUGAAACAGGUGAUGGAAGUAUAUCGUCAAAUGAAGGGACUCUGUGGGGAUUAUCAACUGAAGAAGAUUCCAGCACUUGGGGCCACAUUGAAUAUGGGAGGGGAUGACAAGACCGCUGUGUCUAUGGUUCUUGCAAACAUUUAG